AUGGUAAUCAGGGGAUGACCCUUUCCUUUCCGAAUACUAUAUAAUUCUUGAUUUUCCACAUUGUUUGCUUGCAUUACACUGUCCCAUGUAAAAACAUUAUAUCCCAUGGAGACUUCGAGAUUAUCACACUUUUUAGAAAACACUUACAUCCCACCACAAAAACCAACCAGAGCAGCAGUGGUACCUUCCUACCACCCAUGUCUUAUAGUACAAGAUAGACAAACUACAGAUGUGACAAAGAUCAAACCUUGCGGUUGUGCUGAUAGCUAUUGUGUCAAGAAUGCACCUGCUUGGAUCCCAAGAGCUAAACAUUGACUCAAAGUCACAUUCAAAUUUACUUCUUCUGGUUAAUAUUUUGCAAAAUCUAGUAUGGAGUGAGUACUUUACUGUAUAAUUGUUUUAAAUACACUUGAUUUAUUAGUAG